AUGUCUGUGUCAGGCUCCGCCCCACCGCCGAAGCUUGGCAUCACAUCGCCUUCGUCGCGGAGCAGCAGUAUUGCGGUUUUGGACCCACGCGAGAAGGAGGGAAGCGUGACGACCAGCCAAGAAGCAAAUGCGCAUGCCUCAACAUCUCAGCAUGGACUUGAUGCAUCAGCCGGUGCGGACCAGCCCAUGUCGGAUGGCCCGAUCCGUGCCUAUGCCAAGUUGGAAUUUCCCGGUUUCUCCUACUACAUUCAAACCUUAGAAGUGACCAUUGGCCGUCGUCCCCAAGCUCCCACCCAUGCAAUGCCGUCGUGGAAUACCAAGAAGGAUGUGGACGUUGACCUUGGACCUCUCAAAUCUAUAUCACGUUUGCACGCGCGCAUCUUUUACUCUGUGCAGCCCGAGUAUUACCGGGCUAACAUGCGACUCACCCCCGGCUUGCCUUCGCUGCCCUCCUCGAACGAUCCAUCAAAACAAGACAGUGUACCGAGCCACACUUCAUCCUCCGGCGCACAGGAUACCACAACAAGUGCGAAAGAGGAAGGCCGUUUCAUGCUCGAAGUGCUUGGACGCAAUGGUGCAUUUGUCGAUGAUGUUUGGGUGAGCAUGAAUGGAGUUGUGCCUCUGGGACGGCGGACAAAGAUUCAGAUUGCAGAGCGUGUAUUUUACUUUGUCUUACCGCCGCCACCCUCCGUGUCUACCGGUGAGGAGGGACUCGACUCCGAGGAGGAAGUGUCUGUUGCGUCGUCGUCCGAACUGUCAGAGCCUGACAUGGAGAUCCCUGAGGCGACCAAGACACCUGCCCCCAAGUUUGUUUUGAAACCGCGUGUCAAAUUGACAAAGAGCCCUAUGAAACGCUCCCAUUCUGAAACGGCCUCUACCGCUUCCCCGGCGGAUGGCCCACCAGAGAGUGUGUCGGAUGCCAAGCGUCGUCGAGCUAAUGAGGCACAAGAUGCGGGAACGUCUACGGGCAGUAAGGCAAAGUCCAAGGGCGGGAAGGGCGCAAGCAAAUCCAUCAAGCCUGAAUCUAACGAUGCUGUUCAAGAGCUGGGCUCUGAGGAUGAUGACACGCCUAUGGCGGAGAGUGCCACCAGCUCCAAUGGGUCAUUGUCCACCCUCGCCGUGGCUGCCAAUGUGAUGGGAUCUAUGCCCGCUUUCCAGAAGCCUGACUUGUCGAAUGUGCAGCUCAUUACCAAUGCGCUUUCGUCCGAGUCUUGUGCCAAGAAGGGACACAAGUUUACUUUGCAAGAAGUGUAUGAAUGGCUGCAAAAUACCUACCCAUGGUUCAGUCAGAAUGGUCGUAAGACAGGACGUGAUUGGCAAAGCUCGAUUCGGCAUACGAUCGGCACGAGUCGUGAGUUUUGCAAGAUUCCUCGGCGUCCCGACGAGCCUGGCAAAGGUAUUUUCUAUACGUUGAGCACCAGCGACUUGGCCAAGUCGCAGGAAGCGUCGAAAUAUGAUUCCACAUCGGCCAAGGCGGCCGACGAUACCUCCGUUUCCCUCCAAGACACGAAGCGUGUUGGAAGUGCUAACGUUGCUAUGAGUGCGAGUACGCCCGUUGUCCCGGCGUCCUUGUCGAAACCAGCCACUUCGUCUUCGACCACAUCAGCGACCCCUGCGGCACCUGAGGCCAAACCUGCCAUGCCUCGUAUUCCCCUUGUGGUGGGCAUUCCACCGAACGCUGAGCGGCAGCAAGCGGCUGCCAAAGGGAAAGGCACCCCAGGCUCGAUCGAGUCCCUAUUGGAAACUCCUCCCAUUGCCCAUCAUCAAGGCAAACUUUAUCUUAGCCCUACUGUCUUUGGCCACCUAACCAGCGAUCAAUUGAAGCACAUUGAGGGUUUGGGCGCUCAACAAGCCUUACAGGUGCUACAAACGUAUCUUGUCACGCACCUCAAAGAGAAGCUCAAAAAGACUGCUACGUCCAAAGGGCCUGGACCCACGGCUUCGUCGGAGACGAAGGCGACCGCCGCCGUGGCAGCAGCAGCAGCAGCAACGAGUAGUGUUGUACCGCCUUUGAGCACCACACCUUCGUCAAGCACCAGCAGUGCAUCCACUUUGGGAACCACGCCUAAACCUCCCGUGCUUUCUUCAUCCUCUCUUUCGGCCUACGAUCAACGGCUGGAAGCGCCUACAGUGCCUCGCAUACCUGUUACAUUGCCUAGCGAUACUGCAUCCAAUUCCAUGUCAUCGCAGUCAGCGCCCAAGGUGACGUCAUCGUCCUCUACGGCGCCUGAGGCACGAACGGCGUCGCCCUCUGUUCCAAGUAUACCCCCCAAUACCGCCUCCUCUUCUGCUGGUCCUGGCAAAGCAGCAGAUAAGAGUGAUGAUCCACUCGCUGCCCUCUCUGCCUUAGCAGCGCACCCCGAAGCUGCAGGUCUCAUUGCUUUGUUGAAGAAGCAGCAGGCUGGUGGAAGUGGUACUGUGAAGCUGACGCCAGGGCAGCUGGAGCUAUUGCAAUUGGCGAAUCGACUUGCAAUGCAGCGCAAGAAGAAGAAGGCAACAACAUCAACCUCUCCUGUUCCACCUUCCCCUUCGUCCCAAGAGUCGAAACCCAAGCCAUCGCCUUCGUCGUAA